AUCAACACAAAACCGCAUUUCAGACCAGGUACGGUCUGUAAGAGUUUGUGGUGAUGCCUUUCGUCCUGUGCAAUGCUCCUGGCACCUUUCAGCACGCUAUGAAUCGGAUAUUUCAUGACUACUUGGAUAAGUUUGUCAUCGUGUACCUUGAUGACAUACUUAUUUUGAGUAGGACUGUCGAGGAGCAUGUAGCGCACUUAGACAAAAUCCUCAAUCUCCUUCGGCAGCACAAGUUCAAGAUAAACGGGGAGAAGUGUGAUUUUGGUCGCACCCGUACCUUUUACUUGGGUCAUGAGAUUUCUGCGGAGGGUUUGAAGCCCGAUGACGCGAAGGUGGCCAGCAUUCGUGACUGGCCGCGUCCUUUGUCUGUGACUGAGAUGAGGUCCUUUUUGGGGAUGACAGGCUACUACCGCAAUUUUGUUCAGAAUUACAGCAUAGUGGCCGCCCCUUUGACGGACCUGACUCGCCUUGACAGCCCAUGGGAGUGGACAAACAAGUGUGAGACUGCCUUCAGACAUCUGAAGCAUGCGUUGACACACCAUGAGGUCUUGAAACUUCCUGAUCCUGACAAACCUUUUGUAGUAAGUACGGAUGCCAGCCAAUAUGGCAUAGGCGUCGUACUUGUGCAGCAGGAGGGGAAGAAGUUGAGGCCAGUAGAGUACAUGUCCAAAAAGAUGCCCUCUCAGAAGUUGGCUAAGUCCACCUAUGAGGAGCUCUAUGCGAUCUACAUGGCGCUCACCCAUUGGAGGCACUAUCUCCUUGGGAGGUUCUUCUACAUUAGGACUGAUCAUCAAACCCUGAAGUGGAUGAGGACCCAGCCUAUGCUCUCCGAUGCAUUGAAACGCUGGAUUGAAGUCAUUGAGCAGCAUGACUUUGUGCCCCAGUACAUCAAAGGUGAGUACAACAAGGUUGCUGAUGCGCUGUCGUGUAGGCCAGACUUCUCUGGUGCGCUGAUCACUGAGUUCGGACUUGCAGACAAUGUCACUCGUUCUAUGGUGGAAGCCUAUCGCGAGGACCCGUUCAUGUCUGAGAUUAUUCGCAGACUCGAGGCGAAGGACAAGGUAACUUUUGCCGAGUUUGAGUUGGCCAACGGCUUGCUGUUCCUUGAGAAGGCCGGGAAUAAACGUUUGUGUGUGCCCAACAGGGAGUCUUUGCGUAGUUUAUUUUUAGGUGAGUGUCAUGAUGCCACCGGACAUUUUGGCUUUAAGAAGAUUGCAGCCAGUCUGCUGCAGUGGUUAUGGUGGCCCACGAUGAUGAGAGAUGCCAAGCUGUACGUGGAGACUUGUCAGGUCUGUCAGAGAGACAAGCCCCGUACACAGGCCCCUCUUGGGCUUCUAAAGCCCCUUCCGAUUCCGGAAAGGCCUGGUGAGAGCCUGUCCAUGGACUUCAUGGAUACGUUGGUCACCAGCAAGAGUGGAAUGUGCUACGUCUACGUCAUCGUGGAUAGGUUUAGUAAGUACGUUAGGUUAGUUGCAAUGCUUGCAACAGCUAAAACUGAGUAUGUGAUCCGGCUGUUCAAAGAGAACUGGGUCAGAGAUUUCGGACUACCUAAGUCUAUAAUAAGCGACCGGGAUGUGCGAUUCACCACUGCGGAAAGCCGCAGCUGCAGAACAGGGCACGUAGUUGCAAAUGACAUCAGGCAAUCACAGAGGCGAAUGGGCAGGCAGAGCAGAUGAACCACGCUGUACAACACCUGCUGAGGCAUUACGUCAAGCCAAAUCAGGUAGACUGGGAUGAGAAACUUGCUCUCAUCGCCAGCCUGCACAACAACGCUGUGCACAGCGCUACGGGAGUGAGCCCGAACAGCUUGCUACUGACUUUCAAGCCUAGACUGCCUUUGGACUUCCUACUACCUGAGAAUCAUCCAUCUGCUGCACCAGGGACCUUAGAGUUUGCUUAUCGAUAUGAGCAACUGAUGCAGCAGGCUGUCGAACAGAUGCACAAGGCACAGGCGGCGAUGAUAGAGUCUGAGAAUAAACACCGCCGUCCAUC